AUGGAACAAUCAUCUCCGCUGGCGGCCAUGCAGCCGCCGUCUGUGAUGUUCGGCCACUGCUUUCGGGCAGAGCCGACCUCGUAUCCGUCUUUGUCGGGGUUUGGCCCCAAUAGUUUCAAUUUCAAGGACCUGUCCAUGAAGAAGUCCGGUCCGGAUUAUUUCAGCAUGAAUCCUCUCAGGACUUCUUCACCAACGGCCAGCUUGGCUGCGGAUCUGUCACAGAACUUCCACAUUGACCAAAGCCCACAGCUUGCGACGCCCCGUCGGUCUUUGUUCUCUUCAAGCAUGCUUGCUCAUGCCAAUGGUUAUGAUGAUGUGAUGACGACUCCCCCAUUGCCCUCGUCCUCGCCUGCCCCGGCCAUGGACGUCAUGGAAUUGUCUCCGCUGCCUCACAAGCCUGCGUUUAUUAUGACGACGGAGUUUGAGGUUCACUCGCCGUCACCGUAUGGAUCUCCUAUGGCAUCUCCUCUGGAGUCUCCCAUUCCGUCGGCUGCUCCUAGCCCUCUGCAAGCGUCGCCCAUGGAGGCUUCCAUCGGGCCGACUGAGAGACGCCGUCCUGGAUUCCUCCGCCCUAGCCUGGCUAAAAGCAAGGCUGCAUCUUUCCAGCUUGGAAUGAACCGACCCACCCCGGAGAGCAAGGCGCCUCCAUUCCGGUUCUGCACAUCAGGAAAUAAGACCUCGCUGAGCACAUCCACCUCGCUGGAGGACAUCAACCUGGCACCGCCGCGUCUGCGGCCUCCCUUCCAGCAUGCUCGUAGCAGCGGGUCACCCGCUCCCAACUCCAUUCGCAAGCCCUCUCAUCCUUUGAUGCGCCCACGCAAGCAGUGCCGGCGGUCAUUGAGUAUGUUUGAGCACCCGGGCGAUGUGAUCGCCGAAAAAGAGGCCAAGGUAUCUACAAAUGCACCCGUCCAGUCCAUCAGUGACAUGGCAUGUUCGCCGAGCCUUCAGCUUCCUCACUUCGUCCCUGAGGAAAAGGCGGACAACCUGCCUCGCAUCAACAAGAGCACAUUCGUCGAGCUUCUGGAUGGGAAGUUCAAUGAUCGUUUCGACCAUAUCAUGGUUGUCGAUUGCCGUUUUGAGUACGAGUAUGAGGGAGGUCACAUCAACGGCGCCCUCAAUUUUAAUGACAAGAACCAGCUUGCCGGUGAGCUGUUUGGCUCCGUGAAGCCUCGCACCGCUCUGGUUCUGCACUGUGAAUACUCCGCGCACCGCGCACCUAUCAUGGCGAAAUUCAUCCGCCACCAUGACAGAGCCGUUAAUGUCGAUACCUAUCCUCAUCUUACAUACCCCGACCUGUACAUUCUGGACGGCGGUUACAGUUCCUUCUUCGCCGAGCACCGCUCUCUGUGCUACCCUCAGAACUAUGUGGAGAUGAGUGCCAAGGAGCACGAGUUCGCCUGUGAGCGCGGCUUGGGCAAGGUUAAGCGGCGUUCCAAGUUGAACCGCGCUCAGACCUUUGCCUUUGGACAGCACUCUCCCCAGAUGGAGGAUAGCCCGACCGGCCGCUGCAGACUCGGCGAACGAAACCGUCUCCCUUCGUCACCCUUUGCCGAGAGCCCCGUUCCUCAACGGACGCCUGGCCGCCGAAUGCUUUCCUACUAA